AUGUGGUCUGUGUAUGUUAUUUGCUCUGUUACUCUUGUGGCUGGUAGACAUGUCUUCCCUUUUGCUUUUCAGCUUCCCUACCAGGGCCCGCCUUCAUCUUUUAAAGGUGCUCAUGGUAAAAUCCAUUACCGACUUUUGGCCAAGUUGAGCAGGUCUAUGCGUGUGGCGAGCAAAGCUGAAGCAAAGUUCACCUACGUUGCCAGAGCUGAUUAUGAUCAGUCAACACUGAUGGCACCUCAACAUGGCAGUAAAGACAAAAAUGUCAUAUUUUUUGCCUCUGGAAAUAUUUCGAUGAAUAUUUUCUUGCCAAAGACAGGCUACCAGCAAGGUGAAAGGCUAGUCGUCAACGGUGAGAUUGUAAACAGCUCAACUCGAAAAAUUGUGCCAAAGUACAUUAUCUACCAGAAGCAAAGCUUCUUUGCUGGAGGCCAGAGAGCUGUUCACACCACACAGAUACUGAAGGAGAAGGGAGAGCCUUUAGUGUCCUCCACCAGAGAGAAUCUGUCGAAAGUAUUAGCCGUUCCCACAGAAAUCAGCACCACCAUCCAGAACUGCCGAAUCCUCAAAGUAGAGUAUAGACUGAAGGUUAUUUUGGAUGUAUCAUUCACUAAAAACCCUGUGAUUAAACUCCCGUUGAUUGUACUGCCUCUACAUGACGGGACCUCAUCCAAAGAGUUGGAGGCAGGACUGCACCAAGAUCUGGCCAAAAUGAAUAUCUGAAAUGAAUAUAAGCAAUGAGCACUAGUUUUGUUCACACGUUUGUAUC